GUCGGAUUAGCUAGCAAACACCAAAACCUUUGGCAGCGUUCGUAAUUUGUUGAAAUUGAAUUAGCAUUUUUCUUCUGCAUGUAUAUUUAGAAAAUCCUUUAGGUUUCUUUAUGAUAUGAAUCCAUCACCGGAAAAUUCCGGAGAUUUUGAAAGGACAUUCAACAAUUUUAAUAAAAUCUAUACGGAAAGCAAUUCCAAAGAACCUAGGAAUGCUGAAUUUAAUGAUUAUAUAGACUACAAUUCGAAUAUUUCCUCUGGAAACGGUUAUGAUGCGUAUCCUUCGUAUGCCACGAUGAAUUCCCAGGAAUCUCAAUAUCCUUCUGUCGAUAAUCCGGGUUAUCUACCUUACAACAUUCCUAAAGAUGAUAAUGUAAUGAUGGCUGAUGAUAUUUUGGAAAAUUCCAAGUAUCACACUGAUACAUACGGAUUCGAUGGUAAAAACUUUGGAAGUCGUCUUGAAAUGGAUGACUCUUUCACGGAUGCUCAAUGGGCACAUCUUGCUGGUAAGCAACAGCAUCCUUUAGAACCUCGUGAAGUUCCAUUUCCUGUUACGGAUCCCUUGAAUCCGAAGAUUGAAAUGAAUCAGUUUGCUAAUAUCGCGGCUGUUCUUCGAUAUCGUGGAGUUUAUAAUGCAAAAAAAACAGCGUUUGUAAUUUUGGACAGCAAAGGAAAAGAAUUUGCGUCUAGUACCUGGGAAAAGAUUGCUUCGCGAGCAGAAAAAGUUGCUCAAGUUAUACGCGACAAGAGUGGCUUGUUUAGAAGUGAUAGAGUUGCCCUCAUGUAUCGCGAUAGUGAAGCUAUUGAUUUUAUUGUUUCUCUUUUUGGGUGUUUUAUUGCCGGGGUAGUAGCAGUACCUGUAAACCAUUUUGAUGAUUAUAAUGAACUAACCUCUAUUUUUACUACCACCGGCACUCGAUUAGCUUUGACUACCGAUGCCAAUUUAAAGAGUUUCCAAAGGGAUCUAAACGCCAAAAAGUUACAUUGGCCAAAAAAUGUAGAGUGGUGGAAAACGAAUGAGUUUGGUGGAUUUCAUUUCAGAAAAAAAGGUGAUUUACCGCCCUUACAAGUUCCAGAUCUUGCCUAUAUUGAAUUUUCAAGGUCACCACUAGGCGAACUGCAUGGUGUAGUCAUAUCGCAUCGAACUAUCUUGCAUCAGAUGAACUGCUUUGCUGCUAGUCUUUCUACUGCUCCUGCUUAUGAUUCGGAUAAGAUGGACUAUUUAUCUAUGGAUCGUGAAUACUUUGAAGGUGUAAGUAAGGCUGGUUUAUUUUUGACGUAUCUUGACUUACGGCAAGCCAUUGGCUUGAUUCUUGGUGUUUUACAUACCGUUUUUUCUGGUUACACUACCGUUUGGUGUCCUCAGAGUGCUGUUUUUGUGCCUGGAUUAUGGGCGAACCUUGCCACGCGCUAUCGUGCCAACUAUAUGUUGACUGAUUACGCUGGCUUAAAAGCAAUAGCUUAUAAUUAUCAAAAUGAUCCAAAGGCCACUCUUGGUUUUAGUAAAAAGCAGCCCGUCGAUCUCUCAACAUUGAGAAUGUGCAUGGUCGACUGCCUUAAUGUUGACUGUGAAUUUCAGGAGAUUGUAUCGGAUAGAUGGUUGAAACCAUUAGGUAAUCAUAAUUCCCGUGCAACCCUAGUGCCUCUUUUGUGCCUUCCGGAACACGGUGGUAUGGUCAUCUCUAUGAAGGACUGGGUAGGUGGAGAGGAAUUUAUGUCUCCUAGAGGUUUUCAAGUUCCUCGUACUUCCGAAAAUGAGAUUGCAGAGGUGUUAUUGGAUAAAGAAGCAUUGAAGCUUAAUGAAGUUGUUGUUUUGGCGGAAGACGAGAAAGCCCGUCGGCAAUCGAAACACCCUAGUACUAUUCGACUUGGUGCAUUUUGGUAUCCUUUUGUUGAUGCAACUUUAGCAAUUGUUGAUCCAGAAACUGAAGUGUUGUGCAUCCCUAAUGUGGUUGGUGAAAUCUGGGUCGAUUCUCCUUCAUUGUCAGGCGGUUUUUUUGCAUUACCUAAACAAACUGAAGCUAUAUUUCAUGCUAAAACUUAUUUUAUAUCCUCUGAUACUUUUGAGCCAGUUGCUUCAAAUCAAGAAUUUUUGCGAACGGGAUUGUUAGGAUUUGUCCAUAAAGGUAAAAUUUAUGUUCUAGGCUUGUAUGAGGAUCGUCUUCAACAAAAGGUUGAAUGGGUUGAUAAUGGAAAACAGGAUACAAUAUUCUUUCAUCAUUAUACAUCUCAUUUAGUUACUACUAUCAUGAGAACUGUAACUAAAGUUUUUGAUUGCUCGACCUUUGACAUUUAUGUAAACAGCGAGCAUCUGCCUGUCGUUUUGUUAGAGAGUCCAGCGGCAAGUGUACCAGCUGAUACUUCUGGUACUCAAUUUUUGUUGAAUUAUGAUAUGCUGAGUCAAAUAACCGCGGAAUGUAUUGAGUGUCUAUUGGAGUAUCAUCAGGUUCGUGUCUACUGUGUACUGAUUUGCGCUCCUUUCACGUUGCCAAGAGUAACUAAGAAUGGUCGGCAGGAAAUCGGAAAUAUGAUGUGUCGAAGAGCCUUUGAGCAUGGUACACUACCGUUUGUUUUUGUAAAAUUUGCCGUUGAGCGCGCUGUACUUAAUCUUCCAGUUGGAGAAGAUGCCAUUGAUGGUAUUUGGUCAAAUUACGCUAGUAAUCUUCGGCAAAAUCUUCUUCUUGAUCAAGAACUACAAUAUAGUGGCUAUAUCGAACGUCCAAUUCAUUUGGAUGGGAAGACUUUGGUUAAUAUGUCUUCGUACAAAAGUAUAUUGGACAUACUUCAACUUCGUGUAAAAGAGAAUGCUGAUGAUAUAGCAUAUAUUACUAUAGAUGGACGUGGACGCGAGGGAAAAAACAUAACUUGGAGAAAAUUUGAUCAAAGGGUUGCGACUGUAAUUCGAUAUUUGCAAAAGAAGAAAUAUCUCAAGGCUGGAAGAGUUGUUGUGCUAAUGUAUACACAUUCUGAAGACUAUGUGUAUGCAUUGUAUGCUUGUUUUUAUUUGGGCUUAAUUCCUAUUCCUGUUCCUCCGUUGGAUAAUACUCGGUUAUCCGAAGACGUCCCAGCUUUCUUAUUCCUCAACAAGCAAUAUUAUGUUAGUGCAGUGUUGCUAAAUUCUGAAGCCGAUAUGGCAAUUAGAGGGAAAAACGCUUCACAGCAUCUCAAGCAGUCUGCUAUGGCCGCUAAGGUGAUUCUUCCUUCGUUUAUAGUCACCUCUAAGCUAAGCAAACAAACAAAGAGCAUUAAAGAGUUAGGUGUAACUUUAGAUCCUGUAUGUUUGGAUCCUGCAUUUCCUGCACUGGUAUCAGCUCACUGGUCUCCAGAUCACAAAUUAACUUUAACAGCUUACAAUCAUGAAACAUUGCUCUCUUCAUGUCAAAUUCAGAAAGAAACUUGUCAGAUGACACAUAAAAGGCCCGUGCUUGGUCAUGUACGAAGUAUGAGUGGUAUAGGUUUUUUGCAUACCUGUCUGAUGGGCGUGUUUCUGGGAACAACUACAUAUAUGUUAUCUCCCUUGGAUUUUGCGAAUAAUCCACUUUUGCUCUUUCAUAUCAUUUCCAAGUAUAAAAUCAAAGAUACUUAUGCUACGUUCCAGACACUGAACUAUGUUCAAAAUAUGCAGCCUACUAAAUGGCCAAACUUAUCCUGCUUAGAAAAUUUGAUGAUACCUCAUGAUGGCCGAGUUAAUGCCUUUUACAUCUCCGAAUUGCAGAAAUUUUUCAUGAAAUUUGGACUAAGUCCGUAUGCUUUUAGUAUUGUAUAUAGCAGUUGUCUCAAUUCUUUUGUUACUACAAGGUCUUACAUGGGAGCUACUCCUACGAAAUACUGUGUUGAUCUUCGUGCUCUUCGCCAUGGGUUAGUACAGCCUUGUGAUUCUGAAGAUAAAACUUAUGCACUACCACUCUUGGACUCGGGAAUGGUUCCGAUAUCCACUCAAGUCGCCAUUGUAAAUCCUGACACUAGGGAACUCUGUCGUUUGGGCGAAUAUGGUGAAAUUUGGGUUCGUUCUAGUUCUAAUGCCAUUUCAUUUUUCCAGUCUAGUGACCCAGUUGAUAUGAUGAGAUUCAAUGCUUCUUGUGAUAACGAAUCCAUCGGUAAUGGCCAAUAUGUUCGUACUGGAGAUUUGGGAUUUCUCCAAAUUACGUCUCAGUCUAUGGGGCCUGGUAAUCCGAUUGUUGAUAUGCAGCUCCUUUACGUUUUAGGACCGAUAGGAGAAACGUUUGAGGUGAACGGGUUAAGUCAUUUUCCUCCAGAUAUUGAAGAUACAAUUGAAAGAUCACAUCCUCGUAUUACACGAGGUGGUUCUGUCGUUUUUCAAUCGGGAGGAAACGUUGUCAUCGUUGUUGAAGUGAUAGGUUAUGAUUAUUUAUCUGCGAUUGUCCCCGUUAUCAUCAAUAGCAUCUUGGAUGAGCAUCAAAUUGUGGUAGACACUGUUGCCUUUACUUCACGAGGGAACUUUCCUCGGUCUCGUUUACGUGAAAAGCAACGAGGCAAGAUCCUUGCUUCAUGGGUUACUAGAAGACUGCGGACAACACAAAUAUUUUACAUUAGGGGUUCUGCUGAUAAAUCUCAAGACCCGUAUGUUCCUUAUAUUAGUUCAAAUGCUAGUGCAACGCCUUCUAUCAGUUCGAAAAAUACAAGUCUACGAGUUUUUUGAUAAUACUUCGCUAUGUUUCCCGAGAAUGCAAAGAUAGCAGAGGAUUGAUUUAUUUAACUCUGCGAAAACACUUUGUAUGAUUACGCUUUACGACUUUUGAGAUUUUGGUUACUAUAUUUUUGCAUGUCAUGUAUAUUUAUACACAUAUUUUUUCAACGCCAUUAUUGUUUUUUACAUACGUCCUUUUUCAUUCCCUCUUUUUUCUGUCACUUACACCGUAUUUUGCAUAGUAUCUUAUGAAAGAAAUUAAUAGCUGCAAUGUUCGUUUUAUUUUUAGUUCAGUAUACUUCAAAAAUAGAUUUCGUUACGGUAGCACUCAAUAGUCAUUCGCAUGUCUAUUCCA